UAUUAACUCAUUUUUAUUUGGCUUUUUAAAACGAAAGUUGAAAGAUGUAAACCCUAGUAUUAGGAAUCUUUAAUUCAUGUUAAACGAUAGAUGUAUUCAAAUGAUAUUUUAAUAAAACAUAAAGCCUAUGUAAAUUGCAUGUAUCUUUUAAUGCUGCACAUCUUAUCGAUUCUACGUUAAACUUAUAAAGAGAAUGUAGUUUGACCUAUGAUGUAGACACAAUCAUCAUGUCCGAUACACAUUGCGCCGCCUGCGAUGUCGGCCUACCAGUUGGGAGUCAACAAGAUACCUGCACAGAGUGUAGACAGCCAUUUUGUGCGAGUUGCAUCGUCUUGAAGUCUAAACUACAAAAGACGUCAGCUGUUGGACGAAAGAACAAAUGCAUGUGUCAACAGUUUAUCUCAUCAAAAUUGCCAAAACGUGGGCAGAACCGUAGCCCAGUCAGAUCGACGCCACACAGAUCGCAAGAUGAUGAACUCCCGAAAGAACGCACACGCAACGACUGCUUAAGUACUGUUAAAGGUUCGCAACAGAAAGGCAUUUCCACUGACUCGCCAUUGAAAAAUAAAAACCUGAAUAAAAUUACUGCGAAAAGUGUUACUUGCGAAGGUAAUACCUCAGUUUAUGUGAAGAAUGGUCCAGUAACUGAACAUGAAGAUGCCAGCAACGAAGAUAGAAAUGUUCGUUCUGAAACAGAAGACGAGGAAUCAAAAGAUGCAGUCCUAAUAGAAGAGCGCGAUAGAAGAUUUGAACGUGAAGAUCAGAAAGUGGAUGAUAGAGCGGUCGCCUUACCGCGUCCGCGGCCGACACGUAAAAGAACGGAUGUGUCCAGUUCGCACGAUGCAUCUACUGAUCCUGAAGAACUGCUAGAAGCUUUCAUGCCCUUUUUUGCGCAGAUGUUGAGAAGUACACAUUCUACACAGAGAUCAAGGCGACCAACAACGGAAGACGACUUCGCGUCCCUUAUGGAGGGCCUAUCACCCCCUUUAGGAGAAUACGAUGAUGAAGUGAUGAGAAUGUUUCCCAUGGUUUACCAGAUGUUAGGUGGUUUCCCUCGACCUCCUCCUCGAUCUGUAGAGGGUCAAUCACCACCGGUAGGAGAAUCAAGUGAAGAAGUGAUGAGGAUGGUUCAAAUGCUUUAUCCGAUGUUAGGUGGUGGCCAUAGCCCACCUCCACGACCUGUGGAGGGCCUUUCACCGCCUGUAGGAAAAUCAAGUGAAGAAGUGAUGAGGAUGGUUCCAUUGCUUUAUCAGAUAUUAGGUGUUGGCCAUAGACUACCAUCUCGACCUAGAGAUCAGCCUUGUCCUGGAUGCCCAUUUUGUGACAAGGUAAAAAGCAGAAUGAAUACAAUGACCAAUAGUGACCCAAUACCGCCAGCACGCAUGCGUUCAUUUCCACCUGUUGGGGAGUCUGUAAGGAGAUCUUUAUGUAAGAUUGAAGAUGAAAUGUGCGAUAUAACGAACGAAAACGUUGACGAUAUCCCACCGUACGGUCAACUUUCCCAAGAAUUGAUCGCAAAUGGUGGGUAUGACAAAAAGUUUCUUAAAAUAGCGACCUAUAAGCAAAUUCAAAAAGAUAUGCUAGAGGAAAAUGAAAACAGACACAUAAUGGCAGAUGUUUUACUUGACGACAUACUUGCAAAGAGAGCUGCAGAACGUCCACAGUUAUUAGGUGCAGCUGAAACAGACACAAACCGAUCGAAAGCAAGCGUUGACUCAAGCGAAAUUCCUGAAGAGCAUACCGUGAGGGAAAACGCCAGUUUAUUGCCAAUAGAGACAGAUGUUAGCGACACAAAACUUGUAAGCUCAGAACCGUCAUCUGCAUUGGAAAAUGACAAGGACGAGAUGGACACAGGUGUAAUGCUUAAACAGCCUAAAGCCAGAGACAAUUCUACUUUAUUUCCAAACGAAAAAGGCGAUGAGGAAAGAAACCAAGUACCCAAUACAUCUGUAUCUGCAGUAGAAAAUAACGACGAGAUGGACAAAGAUUUAAUGCGUAGACAGCGUUUGAAAAGGUUCGAAACAAAACCAGCAUUCGUCGAACCCCAAAACAAACCUGACAACAGGGACAUUGCACCAAACAUGCAUUCAGCACCGCGGACAAUUAAGAAAAGAGUAUUGAAGCCCGUGUUGCCGAUUGCAAUUAAUGGUCAGUCACAGAAUUUGUUACAGAACGGCCAUACAUCGACAUUGAGCGAUGUCAAAGAUAGUGUAGAUGUGAACGAUCAAACGUACAGAGGAGGCUCUAAAGCACCACCUCGUUUGAACCAAAAUCAAGACAGCUCCAAAAUUGAGACGACAGUUGGUGAUCAAACAACAUCGCCUAGGAUAAAGGUUUGUGAUACAGAUGCAGGAUCCGGAGAGCUUCCCGAAUUUGAAGAUGACAACAUAUUGGACGAAAAAGACAUUCCAACGGCGAUGAAAGCUUACCUGAUAUCACAGGGGAAAUGGAAUCCUAACCGAGACAGGGACGUUGUCAGUCGUAAAACACCAACUUUAAACAAGAAACACACACAACCUGCUACACGUUUGCCACCACGAGUUGGCAUGACUAGGCCAACAACAUCAGUUGAUCGGGGAUUGUCACAAAGUGAUACUCCACGACGAAAGCAAGGGCAAUUAGGCCAGUCUGGCAGUGAAGAUCAAAGUUAUCGUUCUGAUGCACGACAUAAUACCAGUGGCACUAGCAGUCAAAUGCACCAGCUAGCCGAAAUAUAUGACAGAGCAUUCAAAAGUCUCAAAGCAUUGGAAUCAAAUAAACAAACAUGUCCUGCAUGUAGUAGCCCCGACUGUAGGAACGUUCUCGGGUUCUCCAAAAACACCCUGCAAGAUCAAGCUCGUAUAAACGGUCUUGAAGUUGUCGAUGUUCUUCCGGAUGGUAACUGUAUGUUUGCGGCAGUGGUCGACCAACUGCAGGCCCACGGGAAGCACGAGUACACGACAUGGUCACUUCGGCAGAAGGCGGUCCAGUGGUUAAAGGACAACCCGAAAUGUCCUGACGACCAAGACACGCACUUUCAGGCGUUUAUGUCAGAGCCUUGGGAGACAUAUCUGGAAAGAAUGGCUCAAGAUGGACAAUGGGGUGACCAUGUCACAAUUCGUGCAAUAACUCAUGUUGUAGGGUGUACCGUGAAGAUUCUUAAUGUCAAUGGUAAAACCUCGAACUGGACAAUGAUAGAGCCUGGGACUGAGACGAAGGCAGUAAUUAUCCUUGGCCACAUUGGCGAGUUUCACUAUACCAGUCUAAGACAAGCAGCGCGUCAACUGACAUCUUCAGCGCUAGGAAAAGAUAUUGACGUCGACAAACAAAGCAAGCCCGUUGCGCCGGAUCUACUAAACGUAAAAAGGGUGGUUUUGUUCAAGAAAGAUCACGUUGACAGACCAAGUGGAUUACCAAUUUGCUGCUGGAACUUUGCUAUAAAAAGUAUUAUGCCGAAGAAAAGUGUACUGAUCGAGACUAACAACAAUUCUUCUAUGUAUAUGGAGUUAAUCGAUUAUAAGAAGCAGACCGCUCCGGAGACGUUGACUCGAACACUGCCUCCACAUACAUUUGUUACAACUGGGUGUGCUGCUCAAGGCACAUUUAUGCCACUCCAUUGCCACGACGCUUCAUCGGAAGAGAAUUUGUUCAACUGGACACCUUCGUACCUGCUAAUUGUUUUUGAGAGAGUAUCAGAAUACCCAUGUCGUUUAGAAGGCAGUGGUUUAUUGUGCCAUCAUGGAUUUUCGAAGAUAUUUUAUGACACUGACAUUUUGCAUCGUUACUAUAUCCGUAACGACACUUACAGAAAUGUAAUGCAAUUAUUACCACCAUUUCACACAAUGUUUUCUUCACCUUUUUCCCCGAAUGUUAUUGUUAAGGUGCAGACAAAGGCACAGUUUGCAAUGGCAUGGCCCGAUUGGCCCGAAGCAGCCAACGAAUGGGUUACUAGGAAAAGAUAUGCCGGUUGGCCUUCGUCAAAAAUGAUAGAAGAGAUUGCAUCGAAAGGCUGUCUUAUGGAACCGGAUCCGCAUAUCGACAGUGCAGAUCCUAACAUCGAAUGGAAGUUUUGUUUCGAUGAAGCAAUUACGAAACUGUUCCGUGAAGGAAUAUCAGAACAUCAGAGGCACUGCUUUUUGGUGCUUUUUACAUUGUGCUUUCGAUCUUUGAACGGUAUUGAAAAUUGUACUGUUGAUUUCAUUACCAAUAUAUUUUUUAUUUGUUGCGAACGAUGUCCUGCAGAGUACUGGCAGAGUUCACCGGGUGGAUGUGUAAUGUUCAUGCUUGAUACGUUCAUGCGCUGUUUAAAAGAGCGAUUCUUACCAAAUUACUUCAUACCAAGUAACAACUUGAUUGACUGUCUGAGCCCAAGCAAUAUUAAUUCUAUUUCGGAGAAGGUGAUUGAAAUGCGAAAAGAUCCUUUGAAGAUUCUUCGACAUGUUCAACUUUGCUUAUUGGAUGUUUCUAGCGACGGAUUUUAUGAUAAAAUCCGUCAAGAGGCGCAGAGGUUUUCUAAUGUUAAAGAAUCAACGCUGAGCUGUUUUGUUCCAUGUUCAAUUGACCUUGCAAAGUACUAUGUCAAUCGUAUUGUGUAUGACACUGCGUAUGAAACUCUGGUGGAAGCUUUCGAAUCACGACAAUCGGUUUCAACUUGCGAAGAUAAUAUGAGUCUACAAAGUUUUGUAUUGGUUUGUUUCAACGGCAUUGAUCUCAAUUCACGAGUUUGGUUUGCUACCUACUUGGAAAAUCAGUUGGGAAGUUCAAUAAUUCGUGAUGUAUGUUCAGAUUUUACGUUCACACAAAUAGAAAAAAUAGUACCCAAAGAUAUAGCUGUCUCGUAUGGUCGUUCCGAGGUUCCACUGAUGUUUUCAUACAACGUUGACUGUUUUUGUCACGAUUUCGCCGCGUUUUUGGUGUUCAUGAAGAAGGACGAAGAAGCUCUUCCAGUUUUGUAUCAUUGUCACUCGCUGCAUCAACACCACCAAAGCGCAGGUGAUAAACUAUUGCGUUUUUCAAACGAGACGAUGAUAUAUGUGUAUGCGGGCAUAUUUGCAUUGCAUAAAAAAGCGAAGGAGACAGCAAUAUUUAAUGACCUUUUGGAUUCAGCGUUUUCAACAACAGAGCGGCUAAAUGAAGUUUACGGAUUCGCCUGGCUAGCAGAGGUUUGUACGGAAUUAAAUGAUACGGUGAGAGCUAAAGCAUGCAAUGAUAAAGCUGCCAGACAAGCAGAUGUGAACCAAAGUAAACUACGUCACUUGAAAUUUUGGCCAACCUACUACAUCAUGUAACAUACUAUGUUUUAUAGAUUGAAACUGCAUAUUGGAUAUUUUCUAUUGACAACGUAAAAGCGACAGCGAACAAUUAUUGUAUGAUAAACUUAUUUGAGGUAAUGUUCAUGUCAACAUUGUUCGUGUGAUUAUAUAUCAAAACGCAUUGUAAAUUGUGUAGUUUAUUUCAUUGCGCAAAAUGCAUCCACUUUUUGAUAAUAGGCGUUUGCAAUUUAAGCUGGAAUUAUAUGCAAAAAUGUAUGUGCUUAUUGUGUAUUACAUUAAUUGGUUUCAUAAAAAUGUUUAACUGAAAUUGUUAUUAUAUUUGAAAACAUGUUUCAAUAUCCGUGAAUAUCCGAUUCCCAUCACAGGAACGGUUAUUCAAGCUCAUUGGUUAUUUUGUUUGUAGAUAAUAUUUUACUUUAAAAGCGGGACUGCACGCUUUUGUCAAAUAAUUAUGCAUUUAUAUAAAAUGUGGAAAAAAACUUAUAAUACUUAUAUUAAUAUAAAUUAAAAUAAAAGUUAAGAAGUACAUAUGUCGAAAAAUGCGAAAUAAGCCAGAAAUUUAAUUCUGAAAUCGAAAAUGUCUGUACAGUCGAAGUCGCCAGCAUGUAUAUCAUGCAUGUACGAUGUGAAUCUAAAUUUAGUUUUACGGAUCAUUUUAAUUUCCUGCAACGCUAUCUAUUCAUACGACACUAUCUCCGAGCCUAAUAAAAAGACGAAUGCUUCGGUUAUUGUAGGAAAAUAUGUACGAAAUAUCUCCGUCACAAUCGGCUCGGGGCGCUUCUUUGUCUUUGCUGCAUUUUAUGAAAUUUGUCUUCAAUGUAUAAUUUGUCUUGCCUUUUCUGUGUUAGUGAAACAUAUUUUUAUCAAUAUAUUACAAUUUAACACAUAUAAAAAUCGUGCAGUCCCGCUUUAAAACAACUUGUAUAUCCAAAAUCUUUUAAGUUAUGCCAUCAUGGUAUGGGUAUAAAAUCAACUUUUAUCGUAUAUGUUAUUUGUUUACAUUUCUUUAUAACAUGCCUGUUGUUGAUCCGAAAAUACUACUAGGACAGAAGGCUUAAUAGAUAUGGCAUAUAUAUGUUUGAUUGGCCUUACACUUUUUAAGAAACGGGAAUUUAAUUUGAUGUUCGUUGUUUGUGUUCAAUGUUGUUAUCUGGUACUUGUACUUUAAUAUCGAUGUAUUCAAUACAAAAAAAUUGUAAGAUGUUGUUGAGAUACUGUAAGCACGACAGGUCAUGCAUUCAUAAAUCACUCCCGUCUUUGGCUAGUUUUAUGGUUAUAUCGGUUUUACAUUAAAUGCCUAAAAAUGAAUAUAACUUAAUUGUUAAUAUUUUAAAAUUUUGUAAGAAUAAAACACACAAAAAAGAAUUAA